ACUACCAAGCAUGCACAACUUACAAACUCACAUGCAAAGCUUCCCAGCACAGCCUAAGAAUUGAAAAUGCAGCUCAAUACAUUUCAGUUCACCCUCUUCCUUUUCCUCUUCAUCACCACCACCACUUGGGCUUCUGUUAGCGGUAGCGGCGGUGCUGCGGGCAGAAAGGUCAUGUCCCGAGAAGCGUGGGAGACAGGGCCGACAAGUAGUGGUAGUGGCUCUGGCCAUGGACCCAACUGGCAAUAUAGUUGGGGGUGGUGGAGUACUAGCCCGGGUGGUGGUUGGGGUUCUGGUUCUGGAUCAUCUGGUAGCAGGUCUGCUAAUGGGUUUGGUAGGGGCUCAGGUUCUGGAUAUGGUUCGGGGUCUGGUGGUGGAGGAGGUGGUGGUGGUGGUGGUGGAGGAGGAGGAGGAGGAGGAGACAAAAACAACCAUGGCUGAAACACUGCUGGCAAGUUCAUGAUCCGAGUGAUAUGAUGAUUUUAUAAGCCUUUUAUAUUCCUGUAUUGCUGUGUGUAACAUUAAUAUGGUUAUGACUCUGCUAUGUAACAUUUGCAGUGCUAGUAGUUUAAGUAGCAAUCUAUCUCUCUCAUCAUUAUCAUAAAGUAAAGCUUAUGUCUCUGUCUAAGAAGAUAAUAGCGUUGAUGGAGGUGUGGUUUUAACCAUUUUUUCUUUAUAUAAAAAGCUACGCUUGAGACC